AUAAAAUAAAAAUGGUGGAUUUUAUUCAUUGACCCAACCAGAAAAUCAAAUGGAAAGCGAAAAUUAUUGUAGGAAAAGGCGUUUUUUCUUCGUAGACCAAACUUCACAUGAAAAUUUCAAUCUCGACCGUUAAUUUUAUUCCAAAGUGAUCUUAUUUUAUUAUUUAAUCAGUUCAGACGGUUAAAUCUAUCUUUUUUUUUUUUUAAUUCAAGAAGAUAACAUUGAAUCGCGUUAAUGGGACAGUAAACAUCCAUGAAUGGUCCAAAGUAAACGUUUACUGAGAAAAAAAAAACAUUUUUCAAAAGUAAAGCUUGUUUCUUUUUGUUUUGAAACUUGCGAAAUCUUCAUCAAAAUUUCUUUAAUUUUCUGGGUGUUUUUAAGGUAAUUCAAGAGAUGGGUUCAUAUUGUUUUAAUCUUUUUGAUUGAUUUUUGAUAGCCUUGAUUUUGAAGUAAAGAAAGAAGAAGAAGAAGAAGAAGACUUAUGGGGUGGCUUCCUUGUUCUGGGAAAUCAAAUACUAAAGCUAAUAAAUCCAAGAAAAAGAAAAAAAUGGAAGAGAUGGCACUUGAUCGGCUCAAACCCACUUCAGAAAAAUCGAAAACAGAUUCAUCGUCAAGUGGGGAGACGUCAAACAGAGGAGGAAGUGAACAUAUUGCUGCACAGACUUUUCCGUUUCGUGAAUUGGCAAUGGCAACUAAGAAUUUUAGUUCAGAGUGCCUUUUGGGAGAAGGAGGUUUUGGUCGAGUGUACAAAGGGCGUUUGGAGAGCAGAAAUCAGAUUGUUGCUAUAAAGCAACUUGAUAGAAAUGGGUUGCAAGGAAACAGGGAAUUCCUUGUUGAGGUUCUAAUGCUAAGCCUUCUUCAUCAUCCAAACCUUGUUAAUCUCACUGGAUACUGUGCUGAUGGAGAUCAAAGGCUUCUGGUUUAUGAAUAUAUGCCUUUAGGUUCUCUUGAAGACCAUUUACAUGACAUUUCACCUAGUAAGAAAAGACUUGAUUGGAGUACAAGAAUGAAAAUAGCUGCUGGGGCUGCAAAGGGAUUGGAGUAUUUGCAUGAUAAAGCAAGUCCCCCAGUUAUAUACAGAGAUUUGAAAUGCUCCAACAUUUUACUUGGAGAAGGGUAUUUUCCCAAGCUAUCUGAUUUUGGCUUGGCCAAGCUUGGACCUGUUGGAGAUAACACCCAUGUAUCUACAAGGGUUAUGGGAACUUAUGGAUAUUGUGCCCCGGAGUAUGCAAUGACUGGUCAGUUAACUGUGAAAUCCGAUGUUUAUAGCUUUGGAGUUGUUCUUCUAGAAAUCAUAACCGGGAGGAAAGCCAUUGAUAAUUCUAAAGCUGCUGGGGAACAGAAUCUAGUUGCAUGGGCAAGGCCAUUAUUCAAAGACAGAAAAAUGUUCUCUCAAAUGGCUGAUCCAAUGCUUCAAGGUCAAUAUCCUCCAAGGGGUUUAUUCCAAGCACUUGCAGUGGCAGCAAUGUGUGUUCAAGAGCAACCAAAUAUGAGACCUCUCAUUGCUGAUGUAGUCACAGCUUUGACUUACCUUGCUUCUCAAAAAUUCAAACCAGAUACACAGCCAAUACAAGGUUCUCGCUUGAUGCCUGGUACUCCACCUCGGACAAAGAGAGACAGAGAUAAGAAGCUUAAUGGUGGCAACAGUUCCGAAAGGGAUCGGACAAGGAGGUUAAGUUGAUACCGGCUGAGGUUCAUCAUCACCAUCUGGGUCUUCUUUGGAUCUUCCAACUGUUGAUAGAUGCUGGUAUGUUAUUAAAUUGUGUUUGAUAGAUGCUGGUAUGUUAUUAAAUUGUGUCAUCUUUUAAUGUACAUGAAAUCACAAGGCCUGCAAAACGCAUGCCAUAUUAUCAAAUUUUGCUUAAUUAUUAUGAAGCAAAAGGCACAAUUAUAUAAA